UUUCAUUCUUUAAGACAAAGUAUAUGCUCCCAAAACCUAUACCCUCUCAAUCCAAACGCCCACCUCUCUACCAUUGCUUGUCCAAAUACCAGGAUAAUUAAAUGGCUGACAAUCCUCAAGUAGAUGAUAAAUUGUCUGAAGUGAUCUCAGAGAAUGUGUCCGAGCAGAAGAAAGAAACCCUUGAAGAGAUGCUUUCUAGACACCGGAAAGAGACUAAUGAUCUGCAGAGCAAGGAAAUGGCAAUGAAAAAGGCCGCAGCCAAAGGCAGCAAGGCUGAGCAGAAGGCUAAGAAGAAGCAAGUUGAUGAAGAGAUACAUCGACUUUCAACCAAGCUUAAAGAAAGACAGGCCGAGGAACUAGCUUUGUUAGGCUAUAGUAACACUACUGAUAAACAGAAAGGAAAUCUUGAUAAUAUAGUUAAAGCCAUAGCUGGGGUUUCAGUCACCAAUCAUGUGGAACAGUCAAAGCCCAGUAAGAGCGUCAAAAGGCGUGAGAAAAGAGCUCAACAGGAAGCAGCCAGGGAACAAAGAAUACAAGAAGAGCAGAGCCAGAUUGUGAGUGAUCGAUUGAUUGAAAAUGAAAGGUUGGAACAAAAAUUAGAGCCCCUUGGAUUUACCAUCAACGAGAUCAAGCCCGAUGGGCACUGCCUCUACCGAGCUGUCGAGGAUCAGUUGGCCCUCCACUCAGGAGGGUCUUCUCCUUAUACUUACCAAGAGCUUCGGGAAAUGGUGGCUGCUUAUAUGCGGAAGCAUGCAAUGGAUUUUCUCCCAUUCUUCCUCUCAGAGAAUAUGGCAGAUGGAGAACCAGAGGACUCCCUUACAGAAAGGUUUGAGAAUUAUUGUCGGGAAAUUGAGUCGACGGCAGCAUGGGGUGGACAACUAGAACUUGGUGCUCUGACCCAUUGUCUCAAGAAACAUAUCAUGAUUUUUUCAGGAUCUUUUCCUGAUGUAGAGAUGGGAAAGGAGUACAAAUCUGGUGACGAGACUGGACCGUCUAGUCUGAGUAUUAUGCUGUCAUAUCACAGGCAUGCUUUCGGGCUUGGUGAGCAUUACAACUCUGUUGUCCCCAGUUCAGUGCGAUAAUCGUUUUUGUGCUUAAAAAAUGCUUGGAAUGAUACUAUGUAUCUAAUACCAGGGCACAAUGAGUUGAAGCUAUAAUGUGCUCUCUUAUCAAAUUGUUGAUGAUGUUGGAGAUGCUAACAGACCUUGUUUCUGUUCAAGCAUGUUUUGGGAAAACAAUGCAUUUGUGUUCCUGAUCAUUGUUGUCUGCUGAAGGUUAUACCUUAAAAAUUUACUAAUAUGAUCACUUGAUAAAAGAUUGUCUA